UGUGUGUGCGCGUGCCAUAAAUCAGCAGCUCAGGUAGGUGUCCCGUCAUGACGUCAGAGCUAGGCAAACAAACGCGCGAGCGCUCAGGUUAAGGUAAAGUUUAGUUAAAGUCAAACUUUGUGUCCGUCCGAGAGGAAAAUGUCUGUGAGUUUCCUUCUGGAGAGGGACACGGCCAUGUACGGCAACCCCGCGAGACACCUGAGCCUCGCCCAGCCUCACCUGAACGUCUACCCGAACGCCCCGUACCCGGACUACAGCGGAUAUCCCCCUGUUUCUGCCCUCGGCAAUGACCUCCAUCACACCGGGAGCGCGUGGAGUGCGGGGUUCGGGCCGCGCGAGGACUGGCCGCCGCUGUACGGGCACGGGACAGGUCACGGCGUGGAGGUGAACGUCAUUCCGCCGGUGGACCAGGGGCUGUUGAGCGGCGGACCGAGCGCGCCGGCGGAGAGAGAGGAAGCGCAGGACUGGAUGAGGCGCGCUCUCGCGAACCCGGGCAUGGCAGGUGGAAUGGCAGGUGCGAAGACCCGGACGAAGGACAAAUACAGAGUGGUGUACAGUGACGUACAGCGUCUGGAGCUGGAGAAAGAAUUUCAUUUCAGUCGCUACAUCACCAUCAGAAGGAAGGCGGAGCUUGCUGUGGCUCUCUGCCUAUCAGAACGACAGGUGAAGAUUUGGUUCCAGAACAGACGAGCUAAAGAGAGAAAGAUGAACAAGAAGCGACUGCAGCAGGUUCAGCAGACGUCCGGCGCAUCCGUCCACAGCAGCGUCGCCAUGGUUACCAGCACCAACAACACUCUAUUGACAGACAAUCAUAUAUCCCCUUCCAUCAAAGAGGAAUACUGAGAGAAACUGAAGAUAAACAGUAAAUGUUUCACAUUGCACUACACACACAUGUUUUAUUGUGAAUAAAGCACACAGUAUUUCAAUAGUUUGUAAAGAAUGAAGAUGUCAGUUUUUGAUAUGAGCACACUGACUGCUGAAUAGAAUUCUUAAUGGAUGACUGUAUAUUGAGCGCUGAUAUCGCCACUUUUCUAUGCAUAUUUGAUAUCUACUGAAUCAACAAAAUGUUUACUUUUUUGUUUAUUGUUGCUUCUUAAAAAAUGAUUUGGGGCAGAUCACUAAACCAGUAAAACCGCUUUGAAGUGAUUCUGCAUUUAAAUUGAAUGCAAACAUGUUCAUGUCCACGUCAUCUUUCUAUUAAAAACAAAGUAUUUUAGACGUUUGGUGGUGAGAGAAAAUGUGCUUUAUUCUCUCAAAAACAGAAAAAAUCUUUGUGUCCGAAAUCCGAUUUUAUUGUCAUGAGAUGAAAUGUCAAUUUUUUUUAAUAUAAUUAUUUUAUAUAAAAUGUACGAUUUAAAAUUCUUUAAAAUUUGCUUAAUAUUGAAUGUAUUAAUAUUGAAAUGUGUAUUUUGUAUGUUUUGGAGUGAACACACGUGUAAUCUGACUGUACUCGUGUGUAAGCGUGCAAAUCUUUACUGAUUACAAUGAAGUGUGAUGAUAACAUGAGGAAACAAAUGUUGUUUAGUGAUAAAAACAGAAGCACAAUUAAAUGUGUUUAAUCAUUGACACACACACACACACAGGUUAAACAAAGAUUUACAAAGUGAAAAUGACCAACAAAGGCCAUCGUUAAUUUAAUUAAUCUUUAGGCUAAAAUUAUUCCAUGACACGUCACGGUUAGACCGGUAUGGGUCAGAUCGGGUCGGGUUAACCUUGACCUCUCGACACAUUGGGUGGGUGUGGCCUGUACAAAGUGACUGUCAGAUGAUUCAUGUCAAUUAAAGAGAUGAUAAAGGGUUGAUGACGGGAGUACACUGAAGAUCAUGAGUUUAAACUGUUAAUGUUUGAUUGAUUUUACAAUGUCACCAUUGACCCUCAACUUUAACCAAAAAAAUGAUUACAAGCAUCAACAACAUAAAUACAAAUGAACGUUAAUUCAUAUUUCACUGUUUUUAUGGG